CAAUCUCUCUCUCUCUACCUACUGCACCAAAUGUACCACGCUUGGUUUCUGAAAGUCUUUCUGGGGUAUAGUAGUAUCGACGAAUAUUUCUAUAAAAAAGAGCUUACCGUUCGGUGCCAAAGAGCUAAGGAACUCAUGCCGACACGAUGAAUCUGACAACGACUUGCUUGUUGCUUUUCACCUGACCUGACUUGAUCCUUUGUUGUAAUUGUUAUGGUUGGAGACGAAAAGAGUAGAAGCAAAGCAAACCCACUAGAGAAACUUCCUUUUUUUCUAGCAAGAAUCAUGCCAUCGUUAAGCUCUGUUGUCCUUCAGAAAAUCAGAAGGACCAGUCCCAGGUUCGAUGUGAUGUGAUCUCCCGACGCUAGUAGUGCUGAAGUAUGGUCAAUGACUCAAUGAAGCUUUUAUUGCUUCUUGAGCCACCACUUCUCUGUUCUUGACUGGUUAAUACGGUGAUCUGGUCGUAAGGAAGAGAAUUCGGGUUCUAUACACUCAAUUUUCUAUCUAUUCGCAAGUUCAAAUUGCAUAACAUUUACUUCUGUCGGUAGAAACGGAGGAUGGUGUGUAUCAGAUGUUAAGAUCAGCCAUUUCAUUUCUCUUUGUCUUGCUCUUUCUUGCCUCUCUUCCGGGGAUUUUGGCUCAAGAGACUGCAGAUGCAACAAUUGUAGUCAAGGGGUCUACAAUUAUAGCUGAAACAGACCAUAAUUUCAUCUGUGCUACUAUUGAUUGGUGGCCUCAUGAUAAGUGCAACUACAACCAAUGCCCAUGGGGAGAGUCUUCUAUUCUUAAUCUGGACUUGUCCCAUCCUUCUCUUGCUAACGCCAUUCAAGCUUUCAAUCCUCUGAGAAUAAGAAUUGGAGGUUCUUUGCAGGACCAAGUUGUGUAUAAUGUAGGGAGUUUGAAUUCUCCUUGUCAACCAUUUCAAAAGAAAUCAGAUGGGCUGUUUGGAUUUUCAAUGGGUUGCUUGAACAUGGAUAGGUGGGAUGAAAUCAACCAUUUAUUCAAUAAAACAGGAGCAAUUAUGACAUUUGGUCUGAAUGCACUUUAUGGAAGACACCAAAUCAGAAAGGGUGUUUGGGGAGGUGCUUGGGACUCCAUUAAUGCUCAAGAUUUUAUAGAAUACACCAUUUCCAAAGGAUAUGAAAUUGAUUCAUGGGAAUUUGGAAACGAAUUGAGUGGAAGUGGGGUUGGUGCAAGUGUAAAUGCUGAGCAGUAUGGGAAAGAUCUGAUCAACCUUAAAGCUAUCAUCAAUAAGUUAUACAAGAAAUCCGACUCAAGACCAUUGCUUUUAGCACCAGGAGGAUUUUAUAAUCAGGAUUGGUAUGCCAAGCUUCUUCAGGUCUCUGGGACAGAUGUGGUGAAUGUUAUCACACAUCACAUUUACAAUUUGGGUCCUGGUGUUGAUCCACAUCUUGUGAAUAAGAUAUUGGACCCUCAUUAUUUAAGUCAGAUUUCUGGAACAUUCAGAGAUCUUGAGCUCAACAUACAAAAAAAUGGUCCAUGGGCUUCUGCAUGGGUUGGAGAAUCUGGUGGGGCCUACAAUAGUGGUGGCCGUCUAGUAUCUAAUACAUUUGUAAACAGCUUCUGGUACCUGGACCAGCUUGGAAUGGCAUCCAAAUACAAUACAAGAGCAUACUGCAGACAGACUUUAAUUGGUGGGAACUACGGUCUCCUCAACUUAACCACAUUUGUUCCCAACCCUGACUUUUAUAGUGCACUUCUCUGGCAUCGGCUAAUGGGGAAAAGUGUCCUUACUGUUGAUAGUGAUGCAUCGCCAUUUUUACGUGUUUAUGCUCAUUGUUCAAAAGGAAGGGCAGGGAUAACUCUCCUCCUGAUCAAUUUAAGCAACCAGACAGACUUUAGAAUCACGGUCCAAAAUGAUAUCAACAUCAAUGUACGAAGAGGAGAGCAGACCAUUCAAAGAAAAGGCUCUUUCAUUCAUGGUCUGAAGAGAACAGUUUCAUGGGUUGGAAGGAGAGCAUCGGAUAUCACAACUAUGAGAGAGGAAUACCGUUUAACCCCAAUGGAUGGGCAGAUCCGAAGCCAAACCAUGGUUUUAAAUGGCACUCCGUUGGAGCUUACUGAGAAUGGAGACAUUCCUGCAUUGGAUCCUGUUCUUGUCGAUGUAGAAUCUCCUAUAUCUGUUGCUCCCUUGUCCAUUGCAUUCGUUGCACUCCCCCACUUUGAGGCUGCAGCUUGUGUAUGACUUUCUUGUACAUUAAUCCCUUUAGCAGAUAAGCUCUUAUACUUGUGUAUUGUAUUCUAUAUAUAUAUUUUUAGUGCAAGCUCACAACCAACUCAAUGUACCUAGUGGUUUCCAAACCUAGUGUUUAUUGAGAAAGCUUUUUGAGAUUCUGGGGUGCAUUGUUUCUUAGGCUGAUGCAAAUUUGUUUUUGGUAAAACUGGUAUGCUUAUUUU